CGCACAAGCGGAAAGGCGGGAGACCGUCGUUUCCGCGCGCGACCCACCGCAUUCUCAAGUCAAGAUGGACGAAAAGUUGAUAUUGUCUGUUUUUAAUUUUCCAGAACUGUAUAAUACAACAUUGCCAGAUUACCGUAGUGGUGACACCAGAUCGCUCGCUUGGCGCAGAAUUAGCGCCUUGACAGCUCUUCCAGCUGAAGAGUGCAAAAAGAAAUGGAAGAAUCUAAGAGACAGAUACUUUAAGGAAGUACGACAGGAAAAAAGGAGUAAGGAGGAGACAGGGGAGCUCACCCACAGUCGAUGGAAAUACAGACAACUUCUCAACUUUCUUCAACCGUUCAUUAAACCUAGAAACAGUAACGCAGACCCUGACAACCAGGAGAGUCCUGAUACAAUCAACAAAAGCCUACAGAGUGAACUCCAACCUGCCAAAUCACUCAACACUGUCCUGGUGAACACCAUGAAAACCCCCACUACCCAGGUCGGCACUAUGUCUCAGUUAGCCUUUGUGACUAAGUUUUCUCCCGGGCAGCAAGGCACCCAGAUGGCCCAGCUGGCUUUCCUGGCCAAACUACCACCAGGCACGCAGAUAUCCCCAGCACCCCAGUCAUGCUCAGUUGCCCAGCCUUCAACAUAUGCAACCAGAAAAAGGCCUCCAAUAAAACAAGAGUCACCCGCUUCACCGUGUUCCUCAAGCACUCCUGCCAAGCUUUCCUCAAAGAACAGGAGGCUCCUAGACAAUGAGAAAGAUCAAAGAUUGGAUUCUACGAUCUCUAACCGGAGGUGUGAUGAGGAUGAGAUGUUCCUCCUCAGCUUCGUUCCUGCUUUGAAGAGGCUUGCUCCGCAAAAAAGAUGUGAGACCAAAAUUAAGAUCCAACAGAUUAUGUAUGAGGCAGAGUUUAGUGUGGAUCAACAUGUAUUUGUCAAAGAGCAAGUAUCAGAAGUGGCGGAACCAGAGACAUAACUCUUUGUUCUAGGGUCAACUAGGUUUUGUUCUCAGUGUUUGUUUAGACAGAGUACUUUUUGUAAAAAUAUAAAUUGACAAAUUCAGUAUAUAAAUCUAUCCUAAUGCGCAGAGAGGCAAUUAAUUAAUGUUCUGUUUUGGGAAUAUAAUUUUUCUGUGGCUUCAUUGAGAGCUUCUAUUUUUUAUAAUAGUUAAUUAACAAACAAAUAUUUUUUAAAUAUACUCUUUGUUUUGCUGUUAUGGAUGCAAGUUGUUAACCUAAUUAAAAACAACAUGGGCUGUUAAUCAGUUUCUAAUUUAACAGUUUGUCUUGCUGCAGAUGUAUGUUUUGAUAAAGAUAUAUUUCAGUUGCGUAUGGGGGAAACUCUCUUUAUUACAGAUGCAAAUGCUAUUAUUUUAUUAUAAUAAUAAAAUCUUUAUAUAACAAUAUCUUACAAUAUAUUCUAAUGAGAGGAUAA